AUGAAAGUAUGUGGAUGUUAUCGUUUUAAGAUUAAGAUGGUGUCCGAAGGGUCUCAUAGACGCUACUUCGACCUUUUGAAAAAAUCCACUCCAGAUGGAAAGUUAUCACUGUUCUUAGAUCGCAGAACGUUCAUAGAUCAUUUCAGCCACGUCGAUCCUGUAGAUGGAGUUCUAUUAAUAUCACAAGAUAUAAAGAAUACCGAAUAUGUUUUUUUAAUCUUUACAUGUUCAUAUCGUUUUGGUCGUGAUGAUUUAGAUGUAUUAGGAUUGACAUUUCAAAAAGAAUUAUUAAUUUAUACAAAAUGUUUAUGGCCAAAUCAUUCAUUAAUUAUUGAUAAACAAUUACCUAUUUAUAAUAAUAUAAAAAAUCAAACUAAAAAAACAUGGAAAAAUAAAUUUAAAAGAAAAAUAAAAAAGAAAAUUGAAUCAAUUGAAGAUAUUUCAUCGAUUGUAUUAAGUGAUAAUUCCUAUGGGAUAUUUAGUCAAACUUUAACAAUCAAUGAUUUAUCACCAUUUCAAUUAAAAUUAAUUAAUAAAUGUAAUCAACAUACUAUACCAUUUCGUAUAUUUUUACCUCCAUCCAUAUCUCCUUCAUCAGUUGCUAUUCAAACAACCCAAGGAAGCAAUAAUAAACCUUAUGGUAUUAAUUAUGAACUGACCGCAUUUAUUGGUAAACGAAUCGAUGACAAUCAACCAGCAAGUUCAACAGUAACAAUUGUUUUAAGAAAAUUGACUGCUGGACCAAAAAUAACACAUCGUCCUUUAGAACCUAUUAUUGAAUCGAUUAAAAAAUCUAUUAAUUUACCAUGUCACAAUGGUGAAUUAUUUAUUCAAGCGUCUAUUGAAAAACCGUUGUAUUAUCACGAUGAAUCUGUAUGUGUAUCAAUAGUAUUGGAUAAUUUAUGUCAAUUACCUGUUAGAAAGUUACAAGUAGCAAUUGUACAAGUUGCUGAAAUUUAUGUCUUGACCAAGGGAACGUAUCGAUCGACAAUAGAUAAGCAUUUCUGCAAAGUUAAUCUACCUCAAGCUGGAGAACAACAAUGGAAAUAUACAACACUGUUAAAUACUAAUUUAACAGAUAAUCUAUUAAAACGUGGUGUUGCAUUAGAUGGUUAUAUAAGACAAGAGAAAAAUUGGUUAGCUUCAUCAACAGUAUUGAAUUUAUCUGAAAAUUUUAAAGAAUGUUUAGAAAUGAUGCAAAAUAUUAAUAAAAAUGUAAAUAACUCUACAGAUCUGGUAAUAAAAGCUAAUAAGGAACUACAUGGAAUUGUAAUUUCUUAUUGUGUUCGUGUUAGAUGCUGGAUUGGAAUCAGCCGAUGUUCAUUGUACAUUCCAUUCUUAUUGAUGCAACCGGAGAAAGAGUGUGAAGAAGAGGAUAAUCAUGUAAAUUAUACAAAUAAUCAUACUUUACAUGUGGAUAUCGUUCAAAUUCAUCCUUCAGAAUUAAAAGUGAAUAAUAAUGAAUUAGUGGAAGCAUCAAAUGACAACAAUAAAGAGUAUAGUGUAUAA